GCAGAGCUGAACUGACAUGUUUCUUUUGCACGUGCCUGUGUUGCUUGAAGCCCUUGGGAGAAAUGGGGCAUCAGAUGUUACAAAAAGAAAUUCUUCAGCAGUGGUGGCAGGUCCAGGCCAUCGAUGGCCAGGCGAUGGACAACGUGCUUCUGGAUGACCAGCCGGCAGAGGGUCUGCAAGGAGGGAACUGAAAGAGAACACAAAAAGGAAGGUGAAUUUGCUCCCUGAAUCACCAGCGAGGCUGAGGGCAGAGAAUGGUGCAAAGCAGAUAUGUCCCUGGGAGUGAGGCUUCUUGGAGACACCUUGUUUUUGGACAGUGGUGGGUGUUUACUCUGAGGAAGGCGUAGGAAUCACUCCUCCUCCCCUGCUCUACCAGCUGGCUGUGCAGGAGGGUUCUCCUGGUUGAAGAACCUAUGCCAGGGCGCUCCAGCUAGGUUGAAAGCUUGAGUGCUGAGUAGUGAAGCUCUUCCUUUUGCUUGGAGGAAAGUUGAGAAAACGGUUUUGCAUCUAAAUAGUCCAUUAUCGUGGCUGUUCUGCAUUCAUCUCUCUAGGUUAUCAAGUCCAUCCCCUAGAGUCUCACAUUUCCAUGCUGCGUUCUCCCUGCAAGACUUCUUUUUCCUAUCAUACCCUGCUCCUCGGGUGUCCUUCCACCACCAAACAUGCCAAACUGCAUGCUAGACUUCAGCAGACUGGGGCUGUGUUGCCUGAAGAGACAACUCACAUGAUGCUUUUAAGAUAACUACCUUUUAUUACUGUGUUCACUAGAGAGUUUGUUCCUUGUGGCCAGACUAGCAGCAAACUCUGCCCCCGUUUCCUCCUAUGAUACACACGCUCCCGUCGGAUUCUUUUCUUCGUGAGAUCUUCGUAGCUCUCAGCAGCUAGCAGAUGUGGAGAAGCUGUGGCUAGCUGUUUUCUCAGAUCUUAAACGAGAGCUGACUCACUGCCUGUGGGUCUUGGUUCAUCCACUGCCACAUAAGAGCCAAACAGGACAAGCAUGUCCUAGAGUGCCACACUCUGCCGGAGAGGAGCCGUGUGGCGACCGGGCCAUUUCUUUGUUUUGUGGCUGAGGAGCUUUCCGAGCUGCAGGGCCUCCCGGGAGCUCGGGCCAGCAGCAGGCAGGAGCAGCACUCUGCUAAGCACAAGCACGUGCUCUGCAGAGCCGUCUCCUGACCUUGGGACUGUUUUCAGAUAGCUGGAGUGGUUAUCUUCACGCUGGAGGCACAGGGCUGCGAGUGCCCCGAGUGCUCAGGGAGAGGGAACGGAUGCUCUUUGCCUCAACGGCUUUCUGCUCUCUCCCCUGAGACUCCCUUGGGGAGUAUCACAUGUCACUGGCAGCUCAGCUGCUUCCUUCUCAUUUUCACUCUGCUAGCUGGCUCCUGGCCAAUAAAAGAACUGCACUAAAACUGAUUUUUAAAGAUUAGAGAAGUGUUACAGAAACAGAAACUACUGAAGUCUUUGUGAAAGGAAGGAAGCCAGAUUGUCCCUCUUGCAACAGGCAGUGUCUGUACCAGCUGAGGACCUUGCAGCACCCUCCCAGGCGUGUUGCUGCCCCAGGAAAUCAGGGCCCUAAGAGGGGCAAGGAGCACGGGAUGCAGAUCUUCCACAAAAAGAUGGGGCUGGUGCUGCUGUGCGCGCUGCUGCUGGGGCUGACCCACGCUGCCCCAUCUGGCCACGAAGUCUCCUACCUGCCGGGGCUCCCUAAGCAGCCUUCAUUCCGGCACUUCUCUGGCUACCUCUGUGUCGGGCCAGCCAAGCGCCUGCACUACUGGUUUGUAGAAGCCCAGAGCAACCCACAGAGCAGCCCUCUGGUGCUGUGGCUGAACGGGGGCCCUGGCUGCAGCUCCAUGGAGGGUUUCCUGAAGGAGCACGGUCCCUUCCUGAUCCAGCCGGAUGGGGUCACUCUGAAAUACAACGACUAUGCCUGGAACAAGAUCGCCAACAUGCUUUACCUGGAAUCCCCUGUCGGAGUUGGCUUCUCCUACUCUGAUGACAAGAAGUAUGCCACGAAUGACACUGAGGUUGCUCACAACAACUACUUGGCACUGAAGGAGUUCUUCCGCCUCUUCCCUGAGUACUCCAAGAACGAACUCUUCCUCACAGGAGAGAGCUAUGGGGGAAUCUACAUCCCUACGCUGGCGGAGUGGGUGAUGCAAGACCCCAGCCUCAACCUGAAGGGAAUUGCCGUGGGAAAUGGCCUCUCCUCCUAUGAGAUUAAUGAUAACUCCCUGGUUUACUUCGCCUAUUACCAUGGCCUGCUGGGAACCCAGCUGUGGAAGGACUUGCAGGCCUUUUGCUGCUCCCAAGGGAAGUGCAACUUUCAUGACAGCUCCAAUCUGAACUGUACACUCAAGAUGGAGGAAAUGAUUCAGAUUGUGGAGGAGUCUGGCCUCAACAUCUACAACCUCUAUGCCCCAUGUGCUGGUGGUGCCCCUGGAAGCCUAAGGUACGAGGACGACUAUCUCAUCACUCAUGAUCUGGGCAACUCCUUCAUCCGGAUGCCAACAAGGUUCUCCUGGCGGCAGAACCUGUUCCGGAUGCCAGUUGUCCGGAAGAAGGUCCGAAUGGACCCACCCUGCACCAACUCCACAGCCCCCAGUAUGUAUCUGAAUUCCCCAGAGGUGAGGAAGGCUCUUCACAUCUCUCCUGAUGCUCCGGAGUGGCAGGUGUGCAGCUUUGAUGUGAACCGUGGCUACAAGCGCCUGUACAUGCAGAUGAAUGAGCAAUACUUAAAGCUGCUCGGAGCCAUGAAAUACCGGAUCCUGGUGUACAACGGGGAUGUUGACAUGGCCUGCAACUUCCUUGGGGAUGAGUGGUUUGUGGAUUCCCUAUGCCAGAAGGUGCAGGUGGCUCGCCGGCCCUGGCUCUACACUGAAGGAGAUGAGAACCAGAUCGGUGGCUUUGUGAAGGAAUUCACCAACAUCGCCUUCCUCACCGUCAAGGGAGCUGGCCACAUGGUGCCCACAGACCAACCACUUGCUGCCUUCACCAUGUUCAGCCGCUUCAUUAAGAAUGAGCCUUUCUAGGAGCUGGCAAGGCAGUGCUUGGCAACUCUGGCUGUCCCUCAUGGACUUGGGCCACCUCCUGCACAGCCAGUCCUCUCACUGCUUUUCAACUGCACCAGGACUCCCCUGUGCCAUGAAACAAAUCACUUCCUCCUGCAGCUGCUGGGGAACUCCUCCUUCAGCUCCUGGGGCCUUGUAGGACAGCACCUGCGUACCAGUGAACACUGUGGAUGACUGGGCUUUCUAGGGUUUGGGGGGUGUGCAAGCUGUAGGGCAGGAGUCCAGAGGGCUCUGUCCUUGCCAGGUGAGAAAUCAUGUCUUGCUGCAGUCUCUUCCUUGCAGUGGCUUCCUGUCUCACCUCCCUGUUGCUGGAGGCAAUCACUUCCCUCCUGGGUUGGGAACAGUACCCACCACUUCCCCUCUGCUCUGUGGCCUGUGCAUGCGCAGAGCAUGGGGCAGAGUCAAAAGCAACUGCUCUCUGUUAAGCAAGCACUGUUCACCUCGUGGCUGUGGGCAGCUAGGCACUGUUCCAGCAGAGACUUUUUGUUCCCCUCAGAACUAUUCCCACAUCUGAUCUCAGUGAAGGAGAAUGAAGACAAUACCUCUCUGCCCCACUCAGUGCCUGGAGCACAUAGUGUUCUUGGGAACUUGCAAUAAACUCUCUGAACAACA